AUGGAGGACGCUACUAUACAUGCCACAAAAGCACAGGACAAGACGGUGGAAUUGGAUGUGCAAUUCAUUAACCCCUAUAAAGGUCGUGGGGUGUUUGCCAAAUGCCAAUUUGGAAAGGGUGACUUCGUGGUUGAGUACAGAGGAGAUUUAAUAACUUGGGAAGAAUCACAAAGAAGGAGGAGGACUUACCACAGAGCGAGUGCCGUUUUUCUUUAUGAGUUCUACUGGAAGGAAAAAAUAUGGUGUAUUGAUGCAUCCCGAGAAGAUGGUAGCCUUGGACGACUCGUCAAUGAUGACCACAGGCACCCAAACUGCAAAAUGAAGAGGGUCAUAAUAGAGGGCAAACCACACCUUUUCCUCUUUGCAUUGAGGGAAAUUCAUCCAGGACAAGAAAUCCCAUAUGACUAUGGGGGAAAAGAUUGGCCAUGGAGAAAACAGACACUAGAACAAAGUGAUGCUGACGUUGAGUCAUCUGACAGUGCAGUCUUCUCUGCUGUUCUGGAAACUUCAGAGAGGCCCUCAACUUCCACCAUGAAGACACAAGAACAAACAAUUGAUGCUGACGUUGAGUCAUCUGACAGUGCAGUCUUCUCUGCUGUUCUGGAAACUUCAGAGAGGCCCUCAACUUCCACCAUGAAGGGCUUGAAUAAACCAGAACGUGUUUGUUCAUCAGUUGGAUUAAUUCCUUCCCUUGUUGACUACUCCGACUCUGACUCUGACUCUCAGGACCUAUGCACCAGUCCUGCCCAACAAAUAGAAAGCAGCAAGACUCAGAGUCUGGUUUCUGAUUCUGAUCUCAUACUCACCGACCAGGAGUCUAUUCCGCGGUUGAGGAGAACCAAGAGCAUACAGAUAAAAGAGAGGAUUGAAUUUGAUUCAGAUGACCUUUUUGAUCCCAUCUCUGACAACAGUGGAAGUGGAGAAGAAUACAUUCCUAAGAGUUGUGAGGAUUCUUCUGAAGAUACAGAUGGGCUUGUUUGUAAAAAAAGUCCUCUGGAGGCACAUAAAGACCUGCAAAUUCAGGCCGAAUAUUCCACUAAAACCUGGCAGAACACGUGUCCAGGCCCUCUGUGGCUUUACAGUGCCUCCACCGACAGGAGUAAAGGAAGAGCUGUGGAAACUAUUGAACAACAUGGUGCAAGAUGA